CUAAUGAUGUCAUAGUGAUGUCAGUAGCCCUGAGAGUGACUACACAUUGAGCUUGUGGUUUGGGUAGCAUUGCAUACCGACAGUAGAGAGACGCAGGCAAGCUUUUAGCUCACUACACAUGGCUGUGACUGGAGAUGAGACAGAAUCAGCAUCCACUGGAGAUAUGUCGGCGUAUCAGAUUCGUUCUCCUACCUCUAGCCAUUCCCAGGGAAUAGUCAGCUCACCUGGCUCUGUGCCCAGCCCGCAGCAGCUGUCCGAGGAGGCAUCACGCAAGAGGGAACUCCGUCUGAUGAAAAACAGGGAAGCUGCUCGGGAAUGCCGCCGGAAGAAGAAAGAAUAUGUCAAAUGUCUCGAAAACCGAGUCGCCGUACUUGAAAAACAAAACAGGACACUCAUUGAAGAACUCAAGGCCCUGAAAGACCUGUACAGUCACAAAACCGAGUAGCAACAAACCUUUACAAGUCACACACCAAAGACUCUGAUGUGUACAGAUAUGACACAAACACGUUUAUCACGCAGCGUCUAGCCACCGCUCGUAACAGUCGUCUAAUGACAGCUGCAUGGCCGCGUCGUCCCGCAUGUUGAAGAUGUGUGUGUGUGCUGGUGGCCACAGAGCGCUCCUAAGCCAUUGAAUGUGGUGUGUUGCUUGUGUCGCUUGUGCUUUUUGCAGGGUGGCAGCUAAAGAGUGCAGGCAAAGGAAGAAGGAGUACGUACGGGACUUAGAAACUCGUCUCACUGCGAUGGAGAACCAGAACAAGAAGCUUACAAAAGAGCUGGAACAUAUAAAGACACUGUACAGUGGAACGUCCGGUU